AUGGGAGAAGGAGGACAAAGGAGCAAAUGGGAAUACUGGUGGAUUGCGCUGUGCUUGUCUUUUCUGAUGUGCUUUGGGGAGCAGGUUUUAGCUCAGAUAAGAUACUCUAUUCCAGAGGAGGUGGCAGAGGGAUCCGUUUUGGGAAAUAUUGCUAAGGAUUUGGGUUUUGAUGUUCGUACUUUGGUGGAGAGGCGUUUUCGUAUAGUUUCUGAAUCUAAGGACGCCCUUUUUCAGGUAAAUCAGGACACCGGCGUUUUGUAUGUGCAAAACAAAAUCGACAGAGAGGAUCUGUGCGAUGGCAAUGGUGUUUGUUCAGUAAACUUGAAAAUUAUUGUUGAAAAUCCACUAGAGAUUCAGUAUGUAGAAGUAGAAAUAACUGAUGUAAAUGACAACACUCCCACAUUUCCUGAGAAAGAACAGCGAUUUGAGAUAGCUGAGCAUACUGCUUUGGGCACACGCUUUCAGAUCCAGGCAGCUCGAGACGCGGAUGUCACAGUUAAUUCUGUGCGCCAUUACAAGCUAAACCAGAAUGAACAAUUUGACAUAGAUGUUCGAGAGAGACAUGAUGAAAAAAUACCUUUCCUAGUUUUGAAGAAAUCUUUGGAUAGAGAAAAACACAGUAGCCACAGGCUGACAUUGACCGCAAUAGAUGGCGGAAAUCCUCCGAAAUCAGGAACUCUUAAUAUUACCGUGAGUGUUCUUGAUAUAAAUGAUAACCGUCCUGUGUUUAGUCAAGAAAUGUAUUCUGCAGUUGUGCAGGAAAAUGUUCCAGUCGGCACCAUAGUAAUUAAAGUAAACGCAACAGAUGCAGACGAAGGGAGUAAUGGGGAGCUUGAAUUUUCUCUAAGCAGAAACUUAGAUCGCAAAGUGUAUGAACUUUUUGAGAUUGACCAUUUAACAGGUGAAAUACGAGUUAAAGGGAAAGUGGACUAUGAGGAAACAGAAAUUUUUAAACUAGAUGUGCAGGCAUCAGACAAAGGCCAGCCGCCACUAACAACAGAAUCAGGGUUGGUUAUUACUGUUCAGGACGUCAAUGACAAUACACCAGAUAUAGAAAUUACAUCACUUUCUAACAUGGUUUCUGAAAAUGCAAAUCCAGGUACGGCAAUCUCUCUGAUAAGUGUUACAGACAAAGAUUCCAGUUUGAACGGAAAAGUGCGAUGCACGCUUUCAGAUAAUGUGCCAUUUGAACUGAAACCUUCAAUUAAAGAUAAUAUGUACUCUCUUGUGAUCAAAGAACGCUUAGACAGAGAGCGUGUGUCCAACUAUGACAUCACAAUAACAGCUAUAGAUUUGGGUCAGCCUCCUUUGUCUAAUUUUAAAACACUGAGCGUCCAGUUACUAGAUGUUAAUGAUAACAGCCCCCAGUUUCCCCAGAAUCCGCUUAAUCUGUACGUAUUCGAAAAUAAUUCACCAGGGGCGUCUAUAUUCUCUGUGAACGCAACUGAUAAAGACUUGAGUGAAAAUGCCAUAAUUUCAUACCAGAUUAUUACAGGCGACCGAACCCGGAAUGACUUCGCUUCUAUGCUUAAUAUAAACCCCGAAACCGGUAGUAUUCGUGCGUUGAAGAGUUUUGAUUUUGAACAGUUGAAAACCUUUCAGUUCACAGUAGUAGCCACAGACUCUGGAAGUCCGCCACUUAGCAGCAACGUGACAGUAAAUGUAUUUAUUCUUGAUGAAAACGAUAACGCUCCAGUGAUCUUGUCCCCUGUCAGCACUAACGGCUCUGCUGAAGGCGUGCAGGAGAUUCCUCGAAAUGUGAACGCAGGCCAUUUGGUGACUAAAGUGAGAGCAUAUGACGCCGAUGUAGGAUACAACGGCUGGUUGUUAUUUUCACUGCAGGAAAUUACUGACCACAGCCUAUUUGGUUUGGACCGCUACACAGGACAGAUAAGGACCCUUCGCUCAUUUACUGAAACAGACGAGGCUGAGCAUAAACUGAUCAUACUGGUCAAAGACAACGGGAACGUUUCACUUUCAGCGACAGCUACUGUGAUUAUAAAGGCUGUGGAGCCUAAAGAGGCUUUUGCAGCUUCUAAUGUUAAAAACACAGUGAAAGACGAUGAGGAAAACAACGCGACAUUUUAUUUAAUCAUUACACUGGGCUUGGUUUCAGUGCUCUUUGUCAUCAGUAUCAUCGUAUUGAUUGUAAUACAAUGCUCGAAACCUACAGACUAUUCCUGCAAGUAUUUGCAAGAUGCCAAUUACGACGGAACACUUUGUCACAGCAUCCAGUACAGAUCCGGAGAAAAACGAUACAUGUUAGUUGGGCCCAGAAUGAGCAUUGGUUCUACUACAGUUCCAGGCAGUAAUGGGAAUACUCUAGUGGUUCCAGAUCAUCGGAGAAGAGAUUCUGGAGAGGUAGGACCUUCUGAAAUCUCACGAAAUAUGAUUAAUUAUGAUUAA